AUGGGCGACAACAAACGCAAGAGAGGCCGCAAACCUAAAACCCCUUCCCCCGAAACCCUAGACACCCCCGCCACCGCCCCUACCACUACCGUCGCUACCAACGCAUCCCCGUCCCUCAUCGACGACGACUUCUCUGUCGGAAACGUCGAACUCAUCGACAAAAGUGCCUCUUCCCAUCUCGGUCGCCGCCGCGGCCGCCCCAAGAAACUCCCCACAAAUCCCGACAAGCCACCCUCUGGCCGCCGCCCUGCUCGCACUGUAGACAGCAACGGUGCUGUCCCGACGGGUCCUGUCGAAGUCGGCCCUACUGCUAUAGACGCGGACCCAAUAUGGGAGAGUAUCUCGGCGAGGGUGUUGCCGUCUAUGGAUUCGGUGGUGAAAGUGUUCUGUGUUCAUACGGAACCGAACUUUUCGUUACCGUGGCAGAGGAAGAGACAGUAUAGUUCCAGUAGCAGUGGGUUUGUGAUUAGUGGGAAGAGGGUUCUCACCAAUGCGCAUUCCGUUGAGCAUUACACUCAGGUCAAGCUCAAGAAACGUGGCUCUGAUACUAAGUACUUGGCUACUGUUCUUGCCAUUGGAACUGAAUGUGAUAUUGCCAUGCUUACCGUUGAUGAUGAUGAGUUCUGGCAAGGUAUGUCACCUGUGGAGUUUGGAGAUUUGCCUACCCUUCAAGAUGCAGUAACUGUUGUGGGCUACCCAAUUGGAGGAGACACUAUCUCUGUGACCAGUGGUGUUGUAUCACGCAUUGAGAUUUUAUCUUACGUCCAUGGUUCCACAGAACUUCUAGGUUUACAGAUAGAUGCUGCUAUAAAUUCUGGAAAUUCUGGUGGACCUGCAUUUAAUGGUAAAGGAAACUGUGUGGGGAUAGCAUUUCAGUCUCUCAAACAUGAAGAUGUGGAGAAUAUAGGUUAUGUUAUUCCAACGCCAGUUAUCACUCAUUUCAUCCAGGAUUAUGAGAAGAAUAAAGGAUAUACUGGGUUCCCUAUUCUUGGGGUUGAGUGGCAGAAAAUGGAAAAUCCCGAUCUACGAAUGGCAAUGGGCAUGAAAUCUAAUCAGAAAGGUGUGCGCAUUAGAAGAAUUGAUCCUACUUCUCCUGAAUCAAAGGUUUUGAAACCAUCCGAUGUUAUUCUUAGCUUUGACGGGGUUGAUAUUGCCAAUGAUGGAACAGUUCCAUUUCGCCAUGGGGAGCGCAUUGGUUUCAGUUAUCUCAUAUCACAGAAAUAUACUGGUGAUGAUGCAGCAAUCAAAGUAUUGCGGAAUACAAAUGUUCUCAAAUUCAAUAUUAAACUUGAUGGUCACAGGAGGCUUAUUCCAGCACACAGCAAGGGCAAGCCACCCUCAUAUUAUAUCAUUGCAGGAUUUGUUUUUUCAACGGUUUCGGUUCCUUAUCUUCGUUCUGAGUACGGAAAAGAUUAUGAGUAUGAGGCUCCAGUCAAGAUUUUGGAUAAACUGCUGUAUGCAAUGCCACAAUCACCAGAUGAACAACUUGUUGUGAUUUCUCAGGUGCUGGUGGCUGAUAUAAACAUUGGAUAUGAAGAAAUAGUUAAUACCCAGGUUGUUGCUUUUAAUGGCAAACCUGUGAAAAAUCUCAAGAGCUUGGCUGCUAUGGUUGAGAGUUGUGAUGAUGAGUAUCUAAAGUUUGAUUUAGAUUAUGAACAGAUAGUAGUCCUUCGCACGGAGACUGCAAAAGCUGCCACACUAGAUAUUCUUGCAACACACUGCAUUCCAUCAGCAAUGUCUGAUGAUCUCAAGUCAUAG